AUGCGAUUUGAAUACUUUCUCGCUUGCGGCCUAGUGGCACUCGUGGCGGUUGCUUAUGUCACAGCCACCACAUCCGAUUCAACAGGAUCCACUUCAAAUUCCACUUCAUCAUCUUCAAAUUCUACUAGUUCUUCUUCAAAUUCUACAACUACGUCGACUCCCAGCACUACGACUUCGUCUACAAGUCCUUCCAGCACGACAAGUACUUCCUCGACUACACCAACAACCUCGACCACAUCUUCUAGUGAUACUAGCAGCGCCGCUGAGGAGAAAAGACUGAAGCGCAAACUUCGCAGGCUGCGUCGCCAGGAGAGACGCCUGAGGAAACGCGAGGAGAGGGAAAAAAAGCGGCUGCAGCGUGAGAAGAGGAGUGCAAAGAAGCGUCGCAACCUAAUAGUCAAGAAUAUUCCGCUACGGUUGCGUCUGCGUUGGCGUUGCCUCCUCUCGCGACGACGCUCCUGUCGCUUCUCACGACGCUUCUGCCGGCGACGUUUUUCCUUGCGCUUGGCGGCCGCCGACUUCUUGCUGGAGGCUGACGAAUCAGAGGAUGAACUGGUCGUAGUGGGCGCUGUGGUCGCAGUGGGUGUGCUCGUCGAAGACGCUGGUGAAGCCGAGGAAGUAGUGGUGGAAGGACUUGUAGACGAAGUCGAAGAGCUUGGAGUCGAGGAAGUCGACGAAGAUGAUGGAGUCGACGUAGAUGAAGAAGAUGAUGGAGUAGAAGUAGUUGAGGAAGAUGACGGAGUAGUUGAGGAAGAUGAUGGAGUCGUGGUGGUCGAGGAAGAGGAAGGCGUAGACGUCGAUGAUGAAUCAGAUGCAGCGGUUGAGGCAUAA